AUGCGGGCGACGUCGCGCGCGCCGCGCGUCGCGGUCGCGCGCGCGCCGGGCGCGAGGCGCGCGCGCGCGCGCGCGAGGACGCCGCGGCGACGCGCGGGGGACCUCUUCGACGGCGUCUUCGACGCGCGGGACGACGACGACGGGCGACCGCGCGCGGCGGAGGCGGCGGGAGAGGACAUCGAGGAUUUAGUCGCCGCGGCUGAGGACUCGCCGUACUUCAACGACGCGUUUCGGGAGGCGCUGGCGGGGGCGCAGGCGCGGCAGCGCGCGGAGCGGGCGCGCGAGAAGGAAAAGAUCGACUCGGAGGUGGCGCUGAUCAUGGAGCGCGUGAAGGCGGAGCGAGCGAUGAAGGCGAAAUCGGCGGAGAAGAAAUCGGCGGAGAAGCCGGCGGUCGAGGAGGCGGUCGAGGAGGCGGCGGCGGAGACGGCGGCGGAGACGGCGGCGGAGACGGCGGCGGAGGCCCCCGCGAGCGCGGCGGCGGCGGAGGUCGAGGACUCCGCGGCGGCGAUACCGUCGUCGCUCGACGCGGAUUUCGUUCGAUUGCUCGAGAGAGACCUGAUGGAGAUGCAGGAAUGCAGCAAAGAGUCGAUUUCAGACCUCACGAACGCUCGCGAACGGGUGAACCAAUCAAUCGCGAACGAAAAGCGGCAGCUCGCUCGGUUGGACAUACUUCUCGAUCGCGUGCGACGCGAGGCGCGUUACCUGCGCGCCGAUGCUUUACGAAAAAAGAAAAACAACUAG